UGGGAGUUAGGUUCGGUGUCUUCGGACACGCAAGAAAAAACAGUAGAGUCAGAAGGGGAGAGGAGUUAAUACUAUCAAUUUCAUUUCUGUUUCGACGAAAAUUGAUGUUUCUGCCGUUUUUGUUUCAGAAACGGCAGAAACAUUAUCAAACAGGUCCUGAAUUUUGAUUCUUUCUGUGUAAAUACAUUUUGUUUUUUUGGAAAGGAAAGGGGAAUCGAGAGAACAUGAGCAGUUCUUAGUAUUGGAAGGUUCUAAUUUCUGUCUCUGCGGACCCAUUCUUUGAUCGUGAGUUUGUCUGCUAGAAUUCUAACAUAAGUUAUGGAUUUAUGAGCACGAGAUCCCGGAAUCCGAGACAGUUCCGUUGGUCUUGUUCCUGGUUGAAACUAAUUGGAUAGGAGAAGAGGUGGAUAUGGCUCCUACUAAAAAAAUUGCCAUGCUGGUGAUCUUUUUUACCUUGGUCAAUACAUCAAUAAAUGCUUAUGCUACUGAGAAAGAUUUUGCGCACUGUGAAAGUACAGUUGAGAGGUGGGCGGCUUCUUCUCUUGAUGCAGAGAUCAAAGAUGUCAGACAUACAUUGCGAGAUUUUCUGUUCUUUCUCCAUAUCCCCAGAACAGCGGGCCGCACAUAUUUUCAUUGCUUUUUGAAGAAAAUGUACACUAGUUAUCUGGCAUGUCCCCGAUCUUAUGAUAAGCUGCGGUUUGAUCCAAGCAAACCAGACUGCAGAUUAAUGGUUACACAUGAUGACUAUAGCAUGGUUUCCAAGCUUCCAAAGGAGAGAACUUCUAUUGUGACAAUACUAAGAAAUCCAGUUGAUCGUGUCUUUAGCACAUAUGAAUUUUCAGUGGAGGUUGCAGCUAGAUUUCUGGUCCAUCCUAACUUAACUUCUGCAACACGAAUGACGGGACGUAUACGAGCAAAGAACAAUGAAAUAAGCACAUUGGAUAUAUGGCCAUGGAAGUAUUUGGUUCCUUGGAUGAGGGAGGACCUUUUUUCCAGGAGAGAUGCCAGAAAACGUGGUGAUUUUAGUGCUAUUAGAGAAAGCCGUGAUUCGUUUGACAUGGAAGAUGUUGUUAUGCCUCUACGUGAAUUCAUCAAUGAUCCUGUAGCUCAUGACAUCAUCCACAAUGGAGCCACAUUUCAGGUUGCAGGACUCACAAACAAUUCUUAUUUUUCGGAAUCACAUGAAGUGCGACACUGUGUAAGGAAGUAUCAGGCUCUUGGUGAAUACGUGCUUGAAGUUGCUAAGAGGAGGUUGGACAAUAUGUUAUAUGUUGGACUUACCGAGGAUCACAGGGAAUCUGCCACAAUGUUUGCAAAUGUGGUCGGGCUUCAGGUGAUAUCCCAAUUGCAAGCAUUGAGCUCUAGAAUGGAGCAAGCAGAAAAGAACAAAUCAGACAUGAGCUCGUCAUUUCAAAAUUACCCGCCUUACAAUAACGACUUUGCGAAUAGCACCAAUGACCAGCAGGCAAGGGACAUUUCUGUUGCUGAAAAUGUGGGAACAACAUAUGAAAAUACAACGGUGGGAAAACUGAUGGAAGCUUAUGAAAAAUGCAUUUCUAAUUUAAGGAAGGCCCAAUCUCGUCGACGGACUAUUUCUUUGGAAAAAAUUUCCCCAGCAAACUUCACAAAAGAGGCACGCCUUCAGGUUCCUGACGUGGUCCUCCAGCGGAUAAUGUCACUUAACAAUCUUGAUGUGGAGCUAUACAAGUAUGCGCAAGACAUAUUUGCACAACAAAGGAAUCGUCUUAUGCAAAAGUUGGUAGAACCGGAGAGCCAAUUAAUCACUUUCAGCAAUUCAUAUGGGAUCCAUCAUUGGAAGGUUUUAUCAUUAGGCAUGACAGUUCUCUUACUCCUGCUGCUAUUUCUCCUUGUAAAUGCAAGAAGAACAACUUCGAAAGUCAAAGUAUGAAUAUGUGAUUUAAAUACAAAGUGCAGGGACAUAGAAAGCAAUUUUGCAGAAUAUACAUGGAAUGCUUGGUUUCCAGCAAUAAGCCCCAUGUUCAUUACCCACAACAUUUUUGGGGCAUUAACGUCCACAUGGCGAAAGACAAAACUUGACAAGUUUCUUUAAAUGUAGCUAUCUGAUGAUUUAAAGAGGGGAAGUUUCCAUGGUCUAUGGGUGUUUUUUUGUUUAAAUCAAAUUUCCGGGCGCAGUUCUUUGUGCUUCAGAAAAUUAAAGCUUUGUUGAUAGGGAGGUGAGAACUUUAGAAAGGAAGAAGUUUCAAUUCCUCUGACCUCACACAGUAGAAUGCUGUGCAUGGAAGGAAAAAUGCAAGAGUGCCUUCUGCGCAUUGAAACAAGAGUAUGGAUAGAUGAUGCCUUGCUGAUGAUUAAUUAAAUUACAAAUCACAACAGUUGGUACAUUUAA